UAUUUAUUCAACAAAUAAAUUCUAAAUACUUAAGUACGAACGUUAUGCUUUUAUAAUAAAAUUUUUAGCUAGCUCAAAUUUUUAGCUAGCUUGCUAUUCUUGUUUUCUAUUAUCAAUAAAACCAACUUAAAAUCACUAUAGCUUCUCAAUUCGUCAUGUACAUUUAUCAUUAAUGUCUUUUUUUACCAACGUUUACAGUAAGCAACCUUCGCCGAAACUGCCUCAAAUACCUUCAUUUCCCGUACUUAAUUGCGAAUUCAUAUUCUUAAAAAUGAUAGCACUGUCAGUGAAAAGGUAAAUUCUCAUAAACUUUUACUGAGAGACUAAUACUAGUAAAAUUGAAUACCAAAGGGUAGUCUAAUAUUGUACACAGAGGUGGAUCAAAAUUACGAACUUAGUUGUCAUUCGAAAAUGACGAUCUUUUUUGCACCAUUUGAUGUCUUUCAAUGAGUCAAAUAUACUCAAGCUAAGGAGUAUUACAACUACCGUGGUGAGUCGACGCGUCUAAGAUAAGUUGCUGGUUGUUUGCUGAGAUUGCGAUAAGCACUUCCAGUUUGGUGAUAAAAUGCGAAAUAAGGAAUAUUUAGGUUAAAAUCAAUAUUUUUUUCAUCACAUUCGAACCUAGAAUUAAAGGCCCCAGAUAGCCCGCCCUGCAGGAUGGCCCAGAAAAAUAACAACCAAAACAACAAUGAUGAACAUAUUUAUAUUACGGUAUUUCGAUUAAGGCAACGGCGAAACCGUAGUUUGAAUGGACUGAAACAUAAGUUUACUUUCAACAUUUUGAUUCUUAAUAAGGCUUUUUUAGAACUCAGAAAAAAAUUUCAAGCAGGAUUUUUAUUAACGCAUAUCUAUCUCCUUUACGCAAAAAAAAAACACAAAAUCAAUUAUACAUUUGACAAAAAGUGCGUAUUUCUGUAAGGUACGUAAAUAUUAGCCUUUUUUAUUUUUUGUAAUUUUUUGUAUCUAUUGAACAUGUCUAUCAGGCCUAUUGAAAGCAGUUCCUUUUUCUAAACAGCCACCAAAACCUUCUGCAUAAUUUAAUCUCGUUCGGUAUAAAAAAGACAAGCAGUAGUUGUUGCAAGCCCAUUUGUACCUUACAUGGGUUUCUCUUUUUUUGCAGUAAUGCAGUUUUGGCUUCCAUUUUACUUCUUAGUUUUAAUUGGCCAUAAUGUUUCUAGCAAACUUGUCGCACAAAGAGCGUUGAAAGGAGUAGAAAGGAUGGAAGAAAAUAAUAAAUUUACGGAGAACCGAUCGUUUAUUCGAAUGACUCAUCAUACAUUAGUGCAACCUACUAAAAAUCUUGUGGAAGGUACGACUUUGAUAUGUGAAUGCUCCGCUAGUGGUUACCCACAACCUAUCAUUUUCACAUGAUGGUUGAAUUCUAAUAAUAUUACUAAUCACAGUGUUUCUACGCUUACGACUAAAAACGAGUUCGUGACUGUAAGAAGUAUCCUUAAGAUGGAGAAUAUUCGAAGAGAUGACAUUGGUUUACUUGAAUGUCUGGCAACAAAUGCAUUUGGAAACGUUUCUCGCGCUACAAAUAUCGUUGUAAAAUAUCCACCAAAGUUAACGCGAUUAACGCGAUAUCACGGUCCAAUUAAGAAGCUUAACUUGAGAUGGACAUCCCAAAUGUCAUGCAUUGCUGAGAGCAAGGAGUUGGCAACCAUUACAUGGUACAAGGAUGGCAAGAAGAUGUGGCAUAAUGGUAAAAUUAGGAUCGUUGUAGUUCCUGGGCCACGGACCAACCAAAUUAGAAGUAUAUUAAAAUUGAAACCGGUAACAUUGGAGUCUGGUGGUGUGUAUACGUGCAACGCUACAAACAGCGUGGGGUAUGAUAUACUUUCAACCAAAGUGGAAGUUUUUUGGGAGGUCUUGAUACGAAGAUUUCCUUCAGACAUUAUCUCUGCUGGCGUGACGCAGAAAAAUUACACAAUUCGAUGUAUUGCAACUGGAAAGUUGGCGCCAACUGUUACAUGGUUGAAAGACAAUAAUUCCAUUUUGUUUCCACAGCUAAACUAUCAUCGUUCAGAUGUAAAAUAUGAGACGGCUGUUGAUUCUACGUUGAGAAUAGUCAGAGUCGGUUUAAGUGAUUUUGGGAAUUGGACUUGCCGAGUAAGGAACAGGAUUGCUGGAAAUUUCAUAUCGCAUGAUGAAAAAACUACCCUGUUAAAGAUGUCAAAUCCCCCUACUUUCGUAACAAGCUAUCCUGCAACAAGCUACCGCGUCAAUGAAACAGACACAAUAACAAUGUCUUGCAGAAUUAAAUCAUAUCCAAAACCUUUUGUAUGGUGGCAAAUGGCCACUGGAGUCAACAUUGAUCAAAGAUUUGAAUUUAAAACGACCCUGAUUUUUGGAAAUGAUAAACACAGUAUCGCAGAAAACAAUUUAACGAUAAGCAAUGUUUCAAUGUCAGAUCAAGGAAUGUACACAUGUCAUGGAAAUAAUACAGCCAUCAGUAUUAAUAAGACUUCACUCCUUCACGUUACAGAUGCGUAG